UGCCCCAUCUGUCUUGUCUCAUUGUCUUUUUCUUGCAAGUCUCUCAAGUGUCCCUAAUAAAAACCUCUUUACCCCCUUCUCUGUCCUUUCUCUCUCUCUCUCUCUGCAGAAGAAGCUCAGAUACAGAAACUGACUUACAAAGAACGAAGCUUUUCUUUCUUAGAUUCUUAGAGCCAAAAAAAAAAAAGAAGUUAUUUUGCUCUUCCUAACCCCAACAAGACAUUCACAGCUAUUAAAUCAGACCCCUGGAAGACAAAAAAAAAUAAAGGGAAAAAAAGAAUCCUGUUAUCUCAAAAGUAACCAACAACAACACUUCUCUCACUCUCUCUCUUCCAUGGAUUUGCAACUGAAACAAUGGAGAAGCCAGACAGAGUCAGAAGAACAACCUUCUGCAGCUAAGAUACCAAAACAUGUCUAUGACCAGAUUCAUUCCCAAACUCCAGCUUCUACUGCUCUUCCUCUCUUUGCCCCUGAACCUACCUCUUCUAAACUGUCUCCUGAUUCUUCUUCCAGGUUCCCCAAGAUGGGGAGCUUCUUUAGCUGGGCACAGUGGCAAGAACUUGAACUACAAGCACUGAUCUACAGGUACAUGUUGGCUGGUGCUGCUGUUCCUCAAGAGCUCCUUUUACCAAUCAAGAAAAGUCUUGUCCAUCUUUCUCCUUCCUAUUUUCUUCAUCAUCCUCUUCAACACCUCCCUCAUUACCAACCUGCUUGGUAUUUGGGGAGGGCGGCGAUGGAUCCUGAGCCAGGGAGAUGCAGGAGAACGGAUGGUAAGAAGUGGAGAUGUUCAAGAGACGUCUUCGCUGGCCACAAGUAUUGCGAGCGCCACAUGCACCGUGGCCGCAACCGUUCAAGAAAGCCUGUGGAAACUACUCCCACCACUGUCAAUGCCACCGCCACGUCCAUGGCUACCUCAGCAGCAGCCACAGCCACCGCAACAACAACAUCAACGACAGCAUCUACGUUUGCUUUUGGUGGUGGUGGUGAUGAAGUGGUAGGUCAAGGAGGAGGGUCGUUCUUCUUCUCUGCCUCUUCCAACUCUUCUUCAUCUGAACUUCUCCACCUUAGUCAAAGUUGUUCGGAGAUGAAGCAUGAUAGCAACAACAUCAACAACAAGAGGCCAUACGAGUCCCACAAUGGUUUCAGCAACAACAGAUCAGAUGGAGGCCACGUUCUGAGGCCCUUCUUUGAUGAUUGGCCUCGUUCUUCGCUUCAAGAAGCGGACAAUAGUUCAAGUCCCAUGAGCUCAGCCACUUGUCUCUCCAUCUCCAUGCCUGGAAACUCUUCCUCAGACGUCUCUUUGAAGCUGUCCACUGGCAACGAGGAGGAGGCUCGGAGCAACAACAAUGGGAGAGACCAGCAAAACAUGAGCUGGUGGAGCGGUGGAGGGUCUCAACAUCACCAUCACCACAUGGGUGGGCCAUUGGCCGAAGCGCUGAGAUCUUCCUCCUCGUCUUCCCCAACCAGUGUUCUCCAUCAGCUAGGUGUCUCGACACAAGCCUUUCAUUGAACAGUGUUAAAAAACCAAAACAACAUUGCGGUUUUUACUGUUUGUUUUGGGUUUGUAUUCAAAUUUUCGCUGUAUAAAGAGGGGGAGUCUUUUGUUGUCCUCUUCCUUUUUCUUUAUGAUUUCCCCUGUAUCUGUAACUUUCUCUCAGCUUUUACUCUCAAAAGAUUUAUGUUUUUGGAACUUCAUAUCUAUAAAUAAGACUUAUGACGAAGCA